AGGAUUAAAGGUAUAUUUUGAAAAUGACAUGGUUUUAUUAGAUAUAUUUUACUGAUAGAUCCGGACGCCACCCGCAAUGCAUUAUGUCUAAAAUUCAAGCUGGCAUCGAUCUGCUGAUCCAAGAGGCGGAUGAUCUGUGCAUUGGGAACAGUAUCGCGGAGCUAGACCACCUCCCCAGUGCCUUGGAGUUUUGCCGCGACUACUAUGCCAAAAACUCGCCGGUCGUCAUCCGCAAUGCGGUAGCGUGGCCGGCCAUUGGCAAAUGGACCCCGGAGUACCUGGUCGAGAAACUGAACGACAAGAUUGUGGAUGUGGCCGUCACACCGAAUGGCUACGCAGAUGGUCUGGCCACCCAGAAGGGGCGAGAGUAUUUUGUCCUGCCCCUGGAGAAGCGAAUGAAACUCUCAGAGCUAGUCGUGCGGCUCGAUGAUCCCAUGGGCGCCAUCCACUACGUACAGAAGCAAAACUCCAACUUAAGCCAGGACUUCCCGGAGCUGGCCAGUGACCUGGUGAUGGGCGACUUGGACUUUGCCCAACAGUCCUUCAAUAAGACCCCAGACGCCGUCAACUUUUGGCUGGGGGACGAGCGCGCGAUUACCUCCAUGCACAAGGAUCCCUAUGAGAAUAUGUACUGUGUGAUAUCCGGCUAUAAGGACUUCAUUCUCAUACCGCCGCAUAAGCUGAGCUGUGUUCCACGCAGCACCUAUCCCACGGGCGUCUACAAGACAUCGGAUUCUGGGCAGUUCUACAUAGAUCCACUGACGGACGAGGAUGGUGUGGAACAACUGACGGAGUGGGUCAGCAUAGACCCGCUGGCCCCCGACCUGGCCAAGUAUCCCGAGUAUUCGAGAGCCAAGCCACUGAAAGUGCGAGUCCAUGCUGGCGAUGUCCUGUACCUGCCCAACUACUGGUUCCAUCAUGUCCAACAGAGCCACAAAUGCAUCGCAGUCAAUUUCUGGUAUGACAUGGAGUACGACAGUCGCUACUGCUACCAUCGCAUGUUGGAGGAGCUAGCCAGUAAGGCGAGCUAGCCCCACUGCCUAGGAACGAGCAGCCCAUCAGUCAUAAUCAGUGUUUAUGUA